AUGGAUUGGAAGACAACGCGGAUUGGUGGAUGUAAUGAUAAAUACAACCAAAUAAUAGGAGAACUACAGGAAGAACUGAAGAAACAUGGAAAUAUUCAAGCGAAGGCGAAUAACAUUUUGAAUGCCUGGAUAUAUACAAGUAACAAAGGGAAUUAUGUACGAGGUACUUUUUGUAAUUUAUUUUACUAUUGGCUAGGAGAUUUAAUAUCCAAAAAUAUAGAUGUAAGCACCCCUAGUUUAUUCUCGCAGACUAUGCAAACAAUUUAUGGAAUUCUAGGGAAAUGUAAUAAUAAACAGGCGUGUCAUAUUAAAUACAAGGAUAUUGACACGGCUACUUUCAGGAGGAUGAAAGAACUGUUUGAUUAUAAGUAUUAUUAUGAUCAAACAUGUAGGACAUAUCCAAGGAAAAAUAAUAACUGUCCGCGUGCAAGUGUAGAAACAGAUUAUGCAGAGACGCAUUCUACAGGUUAUGGCUCUCAUCAUGGCGAUUCUGUCGUCGAUGGCAGAAAUGAUGAUCCUUCUCCUCCGUACACCAAACCCGAGCAGGCAGUUUUCAGUAAUUCUUUUCCUUAUUUUAACCGUACUAAUGGUUUCUCUGGUGAUGAAGUUACAACUGCUGGUGUUGGAGAUAAAAGAGCUGGUGCUGCAGAUGCCGAUCAGGGUUUCACCUUCCCUAGCAUCGAUAUUUUCAACUAUGCACUCCCAGCCGCAGGAGUUGCAUCGGUCACCUUCUUCCUAUAUAAGGUACAACUCAAUUCACAGAGGGCAUAA